AUGGUUGAGCUCAAUGAAAGGCACACAGGAAAAUUUCUCAAAGCGAAAAUUAUGGAAAUCCUCAACUUGUAUGAAAUAACAUUGGAACAGAUUUUUACGGUGACGUGUGAUAAUGGGGCGAACAUGAUCGCCACAGUGAAACAGUUGCAGUCUGAACUAUCAAUUAACCCGCUCGAUGCAGACGACAGCAACGCGGUUUCCGACGAACAUUUAGAUUACACGGAAACUAUUGAAAAGGAGUUUUCAAACACUAUAACGCUAGUGAGAUGUGCCGUUCAUACCAUGCAACUUUCGGUUACCGAUGUCAUCAAGGCAUUCGAUGCCGAGAUUCGUAAAUGUACCUCGGUAUCGAAUAACUGCAGGAAAAUUAAAUUCAAAAAUGUGUUUAAUGACGAGUCUCUUCCACCGCUGUACUCAAAAACGAGGUGGGCAGGCAUCUAUGCAAUGCUCAACCUUUUCAAUAACCAUGAGGAUCUUUUCAUCGAGCUGAGUCAACACCAUUCGGAAUUAGGUAAGAUAAAUUAA